GACGGCGGCGUGUUGGAAACGUUUGCCCGGCUGGUAGCGAGGCGCAGCUUGUAGUCGACAUUAACUUCAUACGUUUAAAAAAACAAAACGCGUAACAUGCAACUUAGCUAGCGAACUAUUAGCUACUGCUCUCCUUUUCUUUCCGUUGAAAUGGCCGAAACGGAAAGUUCAACACGGAGAGGAUUCCUGGACUUCAGUCCGGUAAAGAGAGACAACGCUAACAAGGAAAACGAGGUUCCAGUUUUGAUCUUGACCCUGUUUUCCAAGGCUCCCUUUGUGUCGUUCGGGACGGUAAAGCUCGGCACCUCCAAGUCCGUCGUUCUGCGCAUCGAGAACCCGACGGAGGACGCAGACGCGGAGGUCACCGUCGAAAGGAUCCCCUCGAGCAAAGGCUUCUCCGUGGACCGCGACACGAUCACGAUCCAGCCCGAGGACUCGUUCGGUUUGACGGUAACAUGGACUCCGUCAGAAGAAGGCGCGAUCAGAGAGCUCAUCCACUUCAGCGCCAACGGGGUCCUCAAACACCAGGCCGUGCUGCUGGGCAGAGCAGAGGCCCCCAAGAAGAAAAAGAAAAGCUUAUGGGACACAAUCAAAAACAAAAGGGAUGGUGAAAAAGUAACUGCACCAAGGAGAAAGAAAACCGAACAACCGUUGAAAAUGUCUGCCAAUAAGACCUUCCAAGUGUCCAGAAAGCCACAGUACAAACGGGAAAAGCCACGCAGCCCGCUGGCUUCUCUCAACGAGGGCAAAGUGGUCCGAGAGAGAUCCUUCCCCAAGCUCGGCCCCGAUGUCGAUUACUCUCCGAAAUCGCAUUCCACCGAGAGGCAACGGCCUGGGGGCUUGUUGGACCAGGAGAAUGUCUAUCGCGUUCAGAGGAGCUCUCCUCUCGUCCUGCUCGUACCGGCCGGAGACCCGGUGGCCUCCGGCAGCGUGUCCGCCUGCGCCGAUGCCUUCGUCGGCAAACCCGAAAGCAAAGAUCUCACCAAAAUGCUCAACAGGACGCUGUCGCCCGUCGGGACCCCCGAACGGUUUAAGAAGCUCAUGCCGCACAUUCGGUCCGACGGCCCGCUCGCUCCCCCUGUGAAUGCUGGCGCUGACCGCGCGCCACCUGGAACCCCGGUUCUGUCUUUGAAGGAUGCCCUGGCCCUCAUCGACUCCGAUCUGAGCCUCGUUAGCACCAGCCCCAGAGACACCAGUCUGAGCUGUAGUUUUUCCGAUUCACUUGAAUCCACCAGUGGGAGUCGUGGCUGGGGAGCCGACGGGAAGGUUCCCGCAGCGCCGCCCGAUAGCCCGCGGGGCCCCGAGUCCGGGGAGGCCAGACUGACUUUCUUUGUCAGCGACACGGCCGUCGUUCCGGAGAGUGGCGGUGCGGCGGGGGGGCUCAAAAAGGCCCCCUUUACCUCCGCCACAGUGACGAAGAGCCGCGCGCCAGUCGAGGCCGUCCAUUCGAGCGGAAGGAAAACGAAGCGGUCCAGGCGGAGGCUUUUGGAGAGGACGCUCGAGCUGUCUGACGGCCAGGGCGAGUCCGGACCGCCCCCCCCCGGACUCCCCGUCAUAGACCUGCACGCAGAAACCACGCCGCAGGGCCGGGCGGUCGCGUCCCCCUGGUGCUCGCCCGCACCAGUCACCUUCCCCGUCACCUCGCCCCCACCCGUAGCCCCCGGCCGCUUCUCUUUCUCGGCCCCACCCGCGGCCCUCGGGGUGACCUCUCCGUCGCCCCUGGGCUCCUCGUCCCCGCUGCACCGAGCGUCCGGGUCUCCUCCGGCGCCGCCGCGUGCCCACGACGACUCGUUCCCGGUCCACGUGGCGGCGACGAGCAAGAAGAGGAAGAGCGAGGAGUAUUUGAGGAGUGACGCGAAGGCCGUGCCCGGCGGGAAAUCUGAGCGCUUCAAGAGGAGCAGGGUGGUGGUGGUGGCGGCGGCGGCGGGGAAAGCUGAGCCGCCUCCGCGGUGGCCUGCGCAGGAGAAGAGGAGUGCAUCUCGGAGGCAACCGCCGAAUGCAGCAGGCUCUGUGCGCUCAACGUCUUCAUCGUCUCAGAAGACGGCGAAGUCUGUGCUUCCUUUCCGGGCCAAGCAGUCCGGCUCCAAUGUCUCCUCGCGAGGCGCCCGGCCGUGUGGCGUUUCAUCGGUGAAGGCCGCAAAGGUGGUGGCCGUUGCCCAGUCCAAGCUGACCUUCAUUAAGCCGGCGCAGACGGGCAUACCGAGACACCCGAUGCCAUUCGCUGCCAAGAACAUGUUCUACGACGAGCGGUGGAUCGAGAAGCAGGAGAGGGGCUUCACGUGGUGGAUCAACUACGUCCUCACUCCGGACGACUUCCGGGUCAACACCGAGGUCGCCAAAGUGAACGCCGUGACCCUUGUCGUCGUCGGCGGCGGCGAUGACGACAAGUACAGCGUGCCCAAGGCUCCCACCAAAGAAGAGAUGUCCUUCAGCACCUACACGGCCCGGCGGAAGCUGAACCGCCUGCGUCGCUCGGCCUGCCAGCUGUUUGCUUCGGAGGCCCUGGUCAAGGCCAUUCAGAGGCUGGAGCUGGAGGUGGAGGCCAAGAGGCUGCUCGUCCGAAAAGACCGCCAUCUUUGGAAGGACAUUGGUGAACGCCGCAAACUCCUCCACUGGCUUCUGUCAUACAACCCGCUGUGGUUAAGGAUUGGACUCGAGACCAUCUUCGGGGAGCUGAUCUCGCUGGAGAGCAACAGCGACGCUCUGGGUCUGGCUCUGUUCAUCCUCCAGCGGCUGCUGUGGAACCCGGACAUCGCUGCGCAGUUCAGACACGCCAAAGUGCCUCACCUUUACAGAGACGGCCAUGAGGAGGCGCUGUCUCGCUUCACUCUGAAGAAGCUUCUUCUGCUGGUUUGUUUCCUGGACAAAGCCAAAGAGGCCCGCCUGAUUGAGCAUGACCCCUGUCUGUUCUGCCUGGAUGCAGAGUUCAAGACCAGUAAAGACCUGCUCUUGGCCUUCUCCAGGGACUUCCUGAGCGGGGAAGGCAUCCUCCCCCGGCAUCUGGGCUACAUGGGGCUGCCCGUCUCCCACGUUCAGAGGCCCCUGGACGAGUUCGACUUCGCUGUGAAGAACUUGGCGGUCGACCUGAAAUGCGGCAUUCGCCUAGUGCGUGUGAUGGAGCUCCUCAUCCAGGACUGGAGUUUGUCAGCCAAGCUCCGCGUGCCAGCCAUCAGCCGCCUGCAGAAGGUCCACAACGUCGACGUGUCUCUGCAAGUGCUCAAAAGCAGAGGGGUGGACCUCAAGGAUGAACACGGGUCCAACAUUGAUUCCAGAGACAUUGUGGAUGGACACAGAGAGAAGACCCUGAGCCUUCUGUGGAAGAUCAUCUUUGCGUUUCACGUGGAGAGAAUUUUGGACGAGGAUCAGCUGAGGGAUGAAAUCGGCUUCCUGACGAGAACCUUGAGGACCAAGCGGCGGCUGGCGUCUCUUCGGGCUGAUCGAGGCCUUCGGGCCAGUCCUUCGAAGACCAGGACGCCGUACGAACACAGCAGCACCAAGGUCACCCUGCUGAUGGACUGGGUCCGCGCCGUGUGUGACUUCUACAACCUGAAGGUGGAAAACUUCACCGUGACGUUCUCGGAUGGCCGCGUCCUCUGCUACCUCAUCCACCACUACCACCCGGGUCUCCUGCCAGAAAGGGCCGUCAGUCACAGCACCACCCAGACUGUGGAGUGCUCGCAGAGGGGCCGCCUGGAGCUCGACUGCUCUGCCAGCGACUCCGACAGCUCCUUUGACUCCCUGCCGGCGGGCCCCACCGGCCCAGAUUCUCCAUCAGUGGAGUUCAAAGAGCUACUGGAGAAUGAAAAAAACAACUUUGGGCUGGUCAACGCUGCCGUGUCUUUCCUCGGUGGCAUUCCUGCCAUGAUCAACCCAGCUGACAUGUCCAACACCAUCCCCAAUGACAAGGUUGUGAUGUCUUACCUGUCCUUCCUCUGUGCUCGUCUUCUGGAUCUGCGGAAUGAAAGCAGAGCCGCGCGCGUCAUACAAGGCGCCUGGAGGAAGUACAGAUUGGAGAAGCAUCUACAGCUGUACAAGGAAAGAAACGCUGCUGCCAUGAAAAUCCAGUCCGUUGCGAGGAGUUUUCUCCAGAAGCGCAGAGCUAAGCGGCAGAAACGAGCUGCCGCUGUCAUCCAAGCGGCCUGGAGGGGAUUCUUGGCCCGCAACCGGCUCCGGCUACGAAAGCAGGCUCGGCUUCGGGCUCUGCAGCAUGAAGCAGCCACUCUCAUCCAGACUCAAUGGAGGAUGUUUUCGGCCUGGAGGGCUUACCGCCGCCUCAGCUACUACGCCAUUGUUGUCCAAGCGCAAUGGCGAAUGAGGCGGGCGGCCGCCGUGUACGGAAGGAUUCGCUGGGCAGUAACUGUCAUUCAGAAGCGCUCGCGAGCGUGGGCACUGGCCAAAAGACAUCGGGAACAGUAUCUCUCCCUUAGAGCCGCGGUGGUGGAAAUACAGCAAGGGUACAGGAGAUGGAAAACGGAAAAGGAAAACCGCGCCGCCGAAGUGAUACAAUCCGCGUUCAAGAAGUGGUACCAGCGAAGAAUGUCUGCCAGAACUGCCGCUGCUGUAAAGAUCCAGUCUUGGUAUAGAAUGCAGACGAGUCUCCAUCAGUACAGAAAGAUCAAGCGGAGCGCGGCGCUCAUUCAGGCGCUUUGCAGAGGUCGCGCACAGAGGCGCCGCUUCCGGGCGCUGAGGCGCCGGCACCGCUCGGCCCUCGUCCUUCAGAGCGCCUUCAGAGGGAUGGCCGCCAGGAAGCGGGUGGCGGAGAUGAGGCGCGCCGCCGUCACCAUCCAGCGGCGCUUCAGGGCCCGCGCGCAGGGGGCCGCGGCGAGGCGGGUGUUUGCCAGGCUGAGACGGGCCGCCGUCACCGUGCAGGCGGCCUACCGCGGCAAAGUGGCCCGGGAGCGGCUGAGGAAACGCCACGCGGCGGCCACGGCGAUCCAGGCGGCGUUCAGGAUGUGCGCCGCCCGCCGGCGCUACCGCGACGCCAGAGAGGCCGCGGCGGUGAUUCAGCGAAAAUACAGAGCCACGGUUUUGGCUCUCGAGGCCAGGAGGGAAUACGCCGCCCUGAGGAACGCCGCGCUGGUCAUACAAGCCAACUGGAGAGGCCGAGCGGAGCGCAAGGCGGCGGAGAGGCGGCAUCGGUGUGCCACGCUGAUCCAGGCCCACUACCGGCGCCACCUGGCGCAAGCGGAGUACCGAUCCAAGGUGGCCGGUGUCGUGGUCGUGCAGCGGCGCUACAGGGCUCACGUGGCCGCGAAGGAGGCGAGGGACGCGUACCUGCGCACCAGAGCGGCCUGCGUCACUCUGCAAGCUGCUUUCAGAGGCGCGAGAGUCAGGGCCGAGCUGACGAAACGCCACCGGGCGGCGACGGUCAUUCAGUCUUCAGCGAGGAUGUUUUCAUGCAGGAAACGAUAUCUCCUCCUACAGAGUGCAGCCGUUGUCAUCCAGUGCCGAUACAGGGCUCGUCUGGUCUGCAGGGCACAGCAGAAAGAAUACGAUGCGCUCAAGCGGGCCGCCGUAAAAAUACAGGCCGCGUACCGCGGCUUUAGAGACCGCCGCGUUCUAAGGAGGAGGCACCAAGCUGCCAGCGCAAUCCAAGCUCAGUUCAGGAUGCACCGCACGCACGUGGCCUACCUCGCCACCAAGCGCGCCGCCGUUAUCGUUCAGGAGCGCUACAGGGCCACCAUGCUCAGGAACCGGCAGAUGCAGACGUACAGGACAAUGAAGUCCGCGGUUGUAGUGAUCCAGGCAGCAUAUCGUGGCCACAGGGCGAGGAGCCACAUUGCAGAGAUGCACCGAGCAGCCACAGUCAUUCAGAGGAACUUUCUCACCAUCAGGGAUAGAAACCAGUUCCUGGCUCUCAAGGCGGCCGCUUCGGUCGCCCAGCGGCGGCGCAGGGCAGCGACGCUGGCCAGGAAAGAUCGCCUGGACUACCUGUCCAAGCGAACGGCAGUCAUUCGUCUGCAGGCCGCUCACAGAGGAUGUAGGGUGAGGAAGCAGCUGCGCAUGAUGCGUUCAGCAGCUGUGACCAUUCAGUCUCACUUCCGGAUGCACCAACGUAGAACCCACUACAGGACUCUCCAGUGGGCUGCCACAGUUUUGCAAGCGAGUUACAGAGCCAAUAAGGAAAUGAGAGCGGAGAUGCAAUCCCUGAGGGUUAAGAGAAAUGCUGCUGUUGUCUUACAAGCUGCCCUUCGAGGAAUGAAAUCCAGACGACUCUUGAAACGCAGGCAUCAGGCUGCCAGUGUCAUCCAGAGAGCCUUUAGAGCCCACUGUCAGCGCCAGCAGUAUCUGACCUUGAAAUCCUCCGUCCUCACCGUUCAGCAGAGGUAUCGGGCCACUGCUGCAGCAAGAGUACAAAUGCACAAAUACCAAACAAUGCGCCGUGCUGCCGCCGUCCUCCAGGCAGCUUUCAGAGGUCAGCAGGUCAGAAAGCAGGUUGCCGGUCGGCAUCACGCUGCCACUGUGAUCCAGUCCGCCUUCAGAAAGCACAGGGAGCAAGUCAAAUUCCGAGCCAUGCGUCUGUGCGCCAUCAUCAUCCAGAGGUUCUACCGCGCCUGCAUUCUUCAGAGGCAACAGAGGGAGACGUUCCUGAGAACGAAGCGAUCCGCCAUCACCCUUCAGGCAGCUUUCAGAGGUCAUCGCGUGCGAGCCAACGUGGCCCUGAUGCAUAAGGCCGCUGCUGUUAUUCAAGCGAACUUCAAGAGGCAUAAGCAGCAGUCCGCCUACAGGAAACAGCAGUGGGCAGCCUGCGUCUUACAGCAGAGGUUUAGAGCUCAAAGACUGAGAAACGCUGAGGUGAAACAUUAUCAACGGUGCAGAAGAGCAGCCGUUGUGUUUCAGGCUGCAUAUCAUGCAAUGAAAUCAAGGCAGGAGAUCAAACGCAGGCAUCAGGCUGCCAGUGUCAUCCAGAGAGCAUUUAGAGCCCACUCUCAGCGCCAGCAGUAUCUGACCUUGAAAUCCUCCGUCCUCACCGUUCAGCAGAGGUAUCGGGCCACUGCGGCAGCAAGAGUACAAAUGCACAAAUACCAAACAAUGCGCCGUGCUGCCGUCGUCCUCCAGGCAGCAUUCAGAGGUCAGCAGGUCAGAAAGCAGGUUGCCGGUCGGCAUCACGCUGCCACUGUGAUCCAGUCUGCCUUCAGAAAGCACAGGGAGGAAGUCAAAUUCCGAGCCAUGCGUCUGUGCGCCAUCAUCAUCCAGAGGUUCUACCGCGCCUGCAUUCUUCAGAGGCAACAGAGGGAGAAGUUCCUGAGAACGAAGCAAUCUGCCAUCACCCUUCAGGCAGCUUUCAGAGGUCAUCGCGUGCGAGCCAACGUGGUCCUGAUGCAUAAGGCCGCUGCUGUUAUUCAAGCGAACUUCAAGAGGCAUAAGCAGCAGUCCGCCUACAGGAAACAGCAGUGGGCAGCCUGCGUCUUACAGCAGAGGUUUAGAGCUCAAAGACUGAGAAACGCUGAGCUGAAACAUUAUCAGGAGGUCAAGAAAGCUGUCACUAAGCUACAAGCUGCCUUUCGUGGAAUGAAAUCCAGAAGAGUGAUCAAACAGAGGCAUCAUGCUGCUUGUGCUAUCCAGCGAGCUUACAGAGCCUCCUGUAAACGCAAGCACUAUCUGCAGCUGAAAUUGUCCGUCAUUACUAUUCAGAGAAGAUAUCGAGCUGCUGUUGGAGCUAAAGCCCAAAGAACACAUUACCUGGAAAUGCUUCGUGCUGCCGUCGUCCUCCAGGCAGCAUUCAGAGGUCAGCAGGUCAGAAAGCAGGUUGCCGGUUGGCAUCACGCUGCCACUGUGAUCCAGUCUGCCUUCAGAAAGCACAGGGAGGAAGUCAAAUUCCGAGCCAUGCGUCAGUGCGCCAUCAUCAUCCAGAGGUUCUACCGCGCCUGCAUUCUUCAGAGGCAACAAAGGGAGACGUUCCUGAGAACGAAGCGAUCCGCCAUCACCCUUCAGGCCGCUUUCAGAGGCUGGUUUGUCAGGAUGGACGUGAGCCGACAAAAUCAAGCCGCAACUGUGAUCCAGUCGUGGUGGAAAUGCUCCGUGCAAAGGCGCGCUUUCCAAAGGGCGCGUGCGACCGCUGUGAAACUCCAGCGGAGGGUCCGCGCUGUGCGGGAGAGGAACCGCUACGCCCGGAUGAGGGAAGCCGCCAUGACGCUUCAGAAACACUGGCGAGCCUGGAUUGAAAGGCGAAAGGAACAAGAGCGAGCCCGGGCGAAGAGGAGGCUCCGCUUCACGUCGGCGGUCUUCCACCACCUCAAGGCCAUAAAGAUCCAACGAGCUCUGAGGGCCCACUGGGCUUUGGAGUCGGCCAAAAGACAAAUCCACUGCGUCGUCACCAUACAGAGGUGGGUGAGAUGCAGGCAGCAGAGGCGGCGCUAUCUGGAGGACAGGAGGAAAGUGCUCACAGCCCAGAGAGCGGCGAAGCGCUGGCUGAGCCGUCGCCACGCGGCGGCCGCAGUCAUCCAGCAGGCCGUCCGCAGGUUCCUCGUCGGAAGGCGCCAGCAGAGGGUCCAGCAGGGCAUCGUGAAGGCUCAGGCUCUGUGGAGAGGACACCGCUCCCGCCGACUGAAUGUCAACGGCAAGUUGUCGAAAAUAAUGCGCCGCUUACGCGAAGUCUCCGCCAGCGUCCAAGAGGAGGACAAACUGUGCAACAAGACGUCGUCUGCCCUGGAUUACCUCCUUCGAUACAAGCACUUUUCCUAUAUCCUCGAGGCCCUUAGAAAGCUCGAGACCGCCACCAGACUUUCCCCAGAGUGCUGUGAGCGGCUUGCUGAGAGCGGCGCCACCAAUGUCAUCUUCACACUCAUCCGCUGCUGCAACAGGAGCGUCCCUUGCAUGGAAGUCAUUACCUACUCCAUCCAGAUCCUUCUCAACCUCUCAAAGUACCACAAGACCAUCGAGGCGGUGUAUCGGGUGGACAACUUUGUGGAGACGCUGCUGGACUUGCUGCAGAGAUACAGGGAGAAGGCGGGGGAUAAAGUAGCAGAGAAGGGCGGCAGCAUCUUCACCAAGGCCUGCUUCCUCCUCGCUCUGCACCUUCAAGACGAGAGCCGCGCAGCGGAGGUCACGAAGCUACCCAAGGCGUUGGAUCGAUUACGCAGUAUUUACCGCCUCACUGCUCGCAAACACGUGAUGGACGCUGAAAGAAGUAUUAUGAAACAAAAAAUGAACGCAUCCGUCAAUGGAAGCUUCUUUGUUCAAGCAACGCCUCGUAAAUCCCGCCCCGUGCCAAAAUUCGCACCGGAUUGGGUUCUGAGAAGAGACAAGCUCAAAGAUGUAGUCGACCCUCUCAGGGCCAUUGAGAUGGUGGCAAACACACUCGGCAUUGUGUUGUAAAUAGAUACGCUUUUUAAUCUAGAUUCAUUUUCUCAUUACUCUACUUCAAAAAAAUAUUUUUUACAGUUUUAGCCAUUUCCUUGAUUUGCAUGUAUAUAUUAAAAAGGAUUUGUUUCUAAUGUCAUGGUGACACUUUUUCUGACAAGUUUGCAUUGUUUUCCUUUACUCGUGGUCUGUGUGCGUGGUAAACAUUUGUGUGCAUAAGUAUAUGUGAGAAAUAUCAAAAGCACUCAGUUAGGUGUGUUCACCAAAAGGAAUAAUAUAUUAUUUGGUAAAGAGGUAUAGAAUAGUCAGUAUAUUUACAAAAAAAGAUUACAAAGUAUAAGAAUACUAUUUGGAAAAAAAAUGGAAUGAGCAUAUAUGUUAGAAAAAGUCAUAGGAUAUUUUUUAAAGUAAAACAAUCAGCUUUGUGCUUUAAGUAUAACUAAAAGUGUGUAAUGGGACAGAAUGUUCAAAAACUGAAAAAAUAAGUUUCAGCUGUUGAACGGGGAGAAGAGCAGAAGGAGUUCAGAGGCUGGAGGAUGAAGUGAUGCAAAAGUUAGUUUCUACAGUAGGCAGUUGAUUUCCACCAAACAGUUGACCGAUGAAUUCGAUACUGCACCUUGUAAAGAGACCUAUUGUGCAGUACGUUACGUGCAGUACUUCUGUCACUGCUCAGGACUCACUCAACGCCUGACAAGUGCACCAUGAAUCAAGCUCGUGUAAACUACAGGUUUCCAUGGAUGGUGGUUGUAUCUCGACUGGUUCUUCAUGCCGUUGUCCUGCCUGCUACGAUCAUUGUUGGUAUUCACGUCACUGCGGCUGACACCUCUACUGCUUUCUGUUAUCCAUUGCUAUUCUACUGUUAUCCAUUGCCAAUUGUUAUUUGUCCAACUACUCUAAAUACAUAUGACUCAUUUAUGUAAAGUACAUUGAAGCUAUUGUAAAGCUUUUACAUUGUUCAUUCCGUGCACACAGCAUCCUGUCAGAGGGAACCUCUCCUUCCUUAUUUCUCCCCCAUUGAAGUUCUUUUUUUUCCUGUGCUAAAAUGAGGGUCCUGGGACAGAGCAUGUGAACAGGUCAUAAAGCCCCCUGAAGCCAAUUUGCGAUUUUGGGGUUAAACAAAAUAACUGAAUUGAUUUGAAAUGACGCAAUUAAAUAAUAAAUAAUAUAUACAAAAUGCACCCGUGACAAAAACGAACAUGAGAAGAAAAGUACAUUUUUUGAUUCAAGUGUUCAAGUUUUAAACAAUGUAGAUGGACUGAAUAAUUAAGUACAAUAUUUACAAUUAAAUAUGUCUAUGUACUGUAUCAUUUCAUACAAAAGACUUAAUGACCUAAUAUUGCUUUUGUAUGUGAUGUUAUAAACACGUU